AUGUUCCGAGGAACAUUUUACUCCGCUGUCAUAGUCGGCAUUGAAUGGAUGGCGUCUCUUCGUCUUCGCCAGACCGAUGACUUCCUACCUUACCCUUCUCGCUUGCGCGAUCAAAUCUGUAUCGAGGAAUCGGAGGCAAGCGUGCGUGCGCUGUGGGCACAGAUCGUCGGUCUAGUCCUUUCAGGUUCGUUUCAAAUGGCGACGUUCAAUGUUAAUGAGGGAAAAGAAGAAAAAAUGUCUGCGCCUCUUGAGGUGGUAUUUACGAAGAGUUUGAUGAAGUGUUUGGAAAAAGCUUUCCGUUUCGAUGUCUAA